GGGGUUUUUACGAAAAUAAAGGUAUACCAAAUUCCAAACGCCGUCGUUGAGAAAAGAAUUACCCCGGUAAGUGAAACUCCGUCAUACUGGCUGAGCUUCCUAGAGGCACCCGCCCAGCUUGGCCGUCGACGUUGCUUUCACGUCCAGUUUCAGUCCUCUGCCUCAAAAUCUAAGCAUUUCCCCCGUGAAUUUUAAACGACGCAACUGAAUGCUCUCUCGGCUCUCCCCUCUCCUCCGUACAGUCUCCUCCAACUCACCGUUGGCCGCCGAAACCAUGCCGGCGCGUGUUUUCCCAAGCGCCAUGGCCGCACAUUCCGCGACGGUUUCAUUUUCGAACGCCAACACCUCCAAGUAUCCGCUCUCGCUUCCUGUCCCUCCUCCGUUUCGUCCUCCUACUUCUUUGCUCUGCCGGGGGUCGUCGUUGUUUGGUCCGGCCGUGUUGAGUUGUAAGGAGGAGAGGAGGCAGUUGUGGAGCGUCGCCCGAGGGUUCGGUAAAGUGUUUGCCUCCUGGAGACAAUAUCGACAGGGUCGGCGAAAGCCUGUUGCGGCAAAGAAAAAGAAGAGUAAGGAGAGGGAAUUGGAGCUCAGUGUGAACAUUUGUAUAGAAGAGCAGCUGCCCGAUGAUCCUGAAAUUCUGGGUAUUGCAGAAAUGCUUCGACUUGAUGUUCCAAUGGCAAUGAAGUUAGCAUUUGAUGGCCUGAAAGAUUCCACAUAUAAAACCAGGGAUCCUUCAAUCAGCGACGUUGGUGCUUUUAAUACCGUUGAAUUGUCGGUACUUCUUUGCAACGAUGAUUUUAUUCGCAAACUUAACAAGGAUUGGAGAGGCGAGGACCAUCCGACUGAUGUACUGUCAAUGUCUCAACAUGUCCCUGAAUUACAGCUUCCAAUACUCUUGUUCGGAGACAUUGUAAUAUCUGUUGAGACAGCUGCAAGGCAAGCUGAGGAGAGGGGUCACUCACUUCAUGAUGAGAUACGAAUCUUAUUGGUCCAUGGGCUGUUGCAUCUAUUGGGUUUUGAUCAUGAGAUUAGUGAUGAGGCAGAAGAAGAAAUGGAGAAAGAGGAAGAAUUUCUUUUGAAGAGUCUUGAAUGGACAGGUAAAGGAUUAAUUCGGAGUGCUUGUGAUGCUGGGUCCGAUGAGAAUGCUCCCACUAAUUAUCCUGAUGACAGGAAGAAAGAAGGACGCCUUCGGUUUUACCGACCAAAAUAUAACUUCAUUUUCUGCGACAUGGAUGGCACUCUGCUCAAUAGCAAGAGCCUAAUUUCUGCGGCAACAGGAAAAGCUUUGAAAGAGGCCAUGUCAAGGGGCGUGAAAGUGAUUAUAGCUACUGGAAAAACUCGUCCAGCAGUCAUUCGUCUUUUGAGGACUGUAGAUUUGGCUGGAAAGGAUGGUGUCAUUUCAGAGUUUUCACCUGGAGUUUUCUUACAGGGCUUGCUUGUGUAUGGUAGACAAGGAAGGGAAAUAUACCGGAGGAACUUAGAUUCCAAUAUCUGCAGAGAGGCAUUUCUAUACUCUCAAAAGCAUCAAGUUCCCCUUAUUGCAUUUUCUGAAGAUCGAUGUCUGACCUUAUUUGAGCACCCCCUAGUUGAUUCUCUGCACACUGUAUAUUCUGAGCCAAAGGCAGAGAUUAUACCUUCAGUUGAGCAAAUGCUGGCCACUGCUGAAAUACAGAAACUGAUAUUUUUAGAUACUGCUGAGGGAGUAGCUACUUCUUUGCGUCCAUACUGGGCAGAAGCAACCGGAGAUCUGGCCUCUGUGGUUCAAGCUGUUCCAGAUAUGCUAGAAAUUGUUCCUUUUGGAACUUCAAAGGGGAAUGGAGUUAGAAUGCUUCUUGAUCAUUUGGGUGCUUCUCCCAACGAGGUGAUGGCGAUCGGUGAUGGGGAAAAUGAUGUUGAGAUGCUCAAACUGGCUUCCUUGGGUGUUGCUCUGAGUAACGGAUCGGAAAAGGCAAAGGCAGUAGCGGAUGUAAUAGGUCUGAGCAACGAUGAGGACGGCGCAGCUGAUGCUAUCUACAGAUAUGCAUUUUAAGAGCUCAUCUUCAAAAAUUUUGUUUGCUUGAGAAUGACAUUCCCUUCUUAUUCGUAUGAGAAAGGGCGAUUAAGACAUUAACUGCAUAGAUAUAUUAAACAGACGGAUAGCUAUACGAGCAAAUUUUGAAGCAAUGCAAAAUUGCAUCUCAGCAAUUUAAGUGAUUGAAAUGUAGAUUCUCAAUUUAUACGUCAUUUUGAUCACAUACACUGAACGAUAUGUGUUGUUGCAAGUGUUAUUAAAACGACAUGUGUUCUCUGCGAGAUAAAAAAAUAUGAAAGAAAAUUGAAAUUAGUAAUAUUAACCUUAGGUAAGGCGC